AUGGACCCCCCGCUCCGGCCCCGGCUCCGGCUCCGGCUGCUCCCCGAUGCACAUGGCCGCCUCACGGCGGCGCUGCUCCUCCUGGGCGCCUGCCUGUCGGCGUGCGGCGUGCAGGCGGUGACCAGCGCCGAGGCCUCCUACAUCGCCCACCGGCAGCUGGCGGCCAUGAAGGAGGCCGCCGGCGCCGGCGGCGAGGCCGCCGGGGACCUCCCGCCGGACUUCGAGUUUGACGACCGCGUGGGCGCCAACUUCCCCAACCCGCGGCUCCGGCGAGCCUACAUCGCGCUCCAGGCCUGGCGCCGCGCCUUCUACUCCGACCCCAAGGGCUUUUCCUCCAACUGGGUCGGCAACGACGUCUGCAGCUACAACGGCGUCGUCUGUGUGCCGGCGCUCGACGACCCUAAGAUCACGGUGGUCGCCGGCAUUGACCUCAACGGCGCCGACAUCGCCGGCUACCUGCCCCCCGAGCUUGGCCUCCUCACCGACCUCGCCUUCUUCCACAUCAACUCCAACCGCUUCUGCGGCAUCAUCCCCAAGAGCAUGGCGCGGCUGUCGCUGCUGCACGAGUUCGACGCCAGCAACAACCGCUUCGUGGGGCCCUUCCCCCUCGUCUGCCUCGAGAUGUCCUCGCUCAAGUACCUCGACCUCCGCUUCAACGACUUCGACGGUGAGCUCCCGCCGGGGCUCUUCAACAAGGACCUCGACGCCAUCUUCGUCAACACCAACCGCUUCGUCGGCCACAUCCCGGAGAACCUCGGCAACUCCACGGCGUCCGUCGUCGUCGUCGCCAACAACGGCCUGACGGGCUGCAUCCCCAAGAGCAUCGGCCGGAUGGCGAGGACGCUGGACGAGAUCAUCUUCCUCAACAACAAGCUCGACGGCUGCCUGCCGCUGGAGAUGGGCCUGCUGCAGAACACCACCGUCAUCGACGUCUCCGGCAACGCCCUCGUCGGCACGCUACCGGAGCAGCUCUCGAACGUCACCAAGCUUGAGCAGCUCGACUGCUCGAGGAAUGUGUUCACGGGCAUCGUGCACGAGUCCAUCUGCGAGCUCCCGGCGCUCGUCAACUUUAGCUUCGCCUUCAACUUCUUCAACUCGGAGGCGGCGCCGUGCAUGCCGUCGGAGAAGGCGCUCGUCAACCUCGACGACAGGGACAACUGCCUCGGCGCGCUGCGGCCGGCGCAGAAGACGACGCUGCAGUGCGCCCCCGUGCUGGCGCGGCCGGUCGACUGCAGCAAGCACGUGUGCGCGGGGUACCCGACGCCGUCGGGGCCGCCGGGUCUGCCGGAGAAGCCGCCGAUGGUCAAGGUGCCUCCGUCGACGCCGACACCCACUCCGCCCGCACCACCACCAAAGGCGCAACCCGAGACGCCUCCAGGAGCGUCACCGGCACAACCGGUGGCACCACACCCGCCACCCGCUAAGUCUCCUCCACCAGCACCGGUGGCCUCACCACCCCCGCCCGUGAAGUCUCCACCUCCACCAGCUCCGGUGAGCUCUCCACCACCUCCGGUGAAAUCACCUCCUCCACCGGCGCCAGUGGCCUCACCACCUCAUCCAGUGAAAUCACCUCCUCCACCGGCGCCUGUGGCCUCACCGCCGCCUCCAGUGAAAUCACCUCCUCCACCGGCACCCGUGGCCUCACCGCCGCCUCCAGUGAAAUCACCUCCUCCACCGGCACCCGUGGCCUUACCGCCGCCACCGGUGAAAUCACCUCCUCCACCGGCGCCAGUGGCAUCACCACCACCGCUCGUGAAAUCACCACCACCACCGGCUCCAGAGUUAUCACCGCCGCCUAAGAAACCACCUACCCCGAUGCCAGUGGCUUCUCCACCUCCAGUGAAGCAUGAAUCACCGCCGGCUCCAGAGAAAUCCCCACCACCUCCCGCUCCGGUAUCAUCCCCACCUCCAGUGGUGAAGUCUUCACCGCCACCCGCUCCGGUAAGCUCACCACCACCUCCGGUGAAGUCACCACCUCCACCUGCCCCUGUGAGCUCACCUCCUCCCCCGGUGAAGUCUCCACCACCACCAGCACUGGUCAGCUCACCACCACCACCAGUAAAGUCACCACCACCUCCGGCACCAGUGAGCUCACCGCCACCUCCAGUGAAGUCUCCUCCUCCACCAGCACCAGUUAGCUCUCCACCACCUCCAGUGAAGUCGCCUCCUCCACCAGCACCAGUUAGCUCUCCACCACCUCCCGUGAAGUCUCCUCCUCCACCAGCACCAGUUAGCUCUCCACCACCUCCAGUGAAAUCUCCUCCUCCUCCAGCACCGGUUAUCUCUCCUCCACCACCAGUAAAGCCACCAUCACCGCCUCCAGCAUCAGUAAGCUCACCACCUCCAGUGGUCGCCUCACCACCGCCAAAGCAAGAAGAAGUAACACAAUCACCGCCAGCGGAAUCCCUACCUCCGCCGUCAUUCAAUGAUGUCAUCCUCCCGCCCAUCAUGGCCAACAAGUACGCAUCACCGCCACCCCCUCUAUUCCAAGGGUAUUGAGCGCCAUGGAGAGAUCGAUGACGAGGGGUGAUUGGAACAGUAUAUAAGCAGAUAACAUGCACAUAUACAUGGCUACAUGUAACCCUGCU